GUAGCCCUACUGUUUCUGGUAUGUCAGAUAUGGAUUAUCCUUUGCAAGGACCGGGUUUGCUGUCAAUACCUAAUCUUCCAGAGAUCAGCUCAGUACGCAGAGUCCCACUUCCCCCAGAGCUAGUGGAGCAUUUUGGACAUAUGCAGUGCAAUUGUAUGAUGGGAGUAUUUCCAGAAAUCAGCAGAGCUUGGCUGACCAUUGACAGUGACAUUUUUAUCUGGAACUACGAAGAUGGAGGAGAUCUGGCUUAUUUUGAUGGCCUCAGUGAAACUAUUCUUGCAGUGGGUCUUGUAAAGCCAAAGGCAGGUAUCUUCCAGCCUCAUGUACGACACUUACUUGUUCUGGCUACGCCCGUAGAUAUCGUGAUUUUGGGGCUCAGUUGUGCUAAUAUACAAGCAGGUACUGGAUCACUCAAUGACAGUAUGUCUGGUGGAAUGCAGUUCCUUCCAGACCCCCUCUAUUCACUCCCUACUGACAAUACUUACAUUCUGGCAAUAACAUCCACUGAUAAUGGGCGUAUCUUUUUGGCUGGAAAGGAUGGCUGCUUAUACGAAGUAGCAUACCAGGCUGAAGCAGGCUGGUUUAGCCAGCGCUGCAGAAAAAUUAAUCAUUCAAAGAGUGCGCUGUCUUUCCUUAUUCCUUCAUUGCUACAGUUCACAUUCUCAGAGGAUGAUCCUGUCGUUCAAAUUGCCAUUGACAACUCUCGUAAUACCUUACACACCCGCUCAGAAAAAGGAAUGCUGCAAGUUUAUGAUUUGGGACAAGAUGGUCAAGGAAUGACCAGGGUUGCUUCUCUUUCACAAAAUGCUAUAGUUUCUGCUGCUGGGAGCAUUGCAAGAACAAUAGAUCGUUCUGUAUUCAAGCCUAUUGUUCAAAUAGCAGUGAUUGAAAAUUCUGAAUCUAUAGACUGUCAGCUACUAGCAAUCACACAUGCAGGUGUCCGACUGUAUUUUAGUACAUCACAAUUUAAGCAUCCAACAGCUCGUCCCUCCAUGUUAACCUUGGUUCAUGUCCGUUUGCCACCUGGAUUUUCAGCUGCUUCUAAUGUAGAGAAGCCCGCAAAGGUUCAUAGAGCUCUUUAUAGCAAAGGGGUUCUGCUGAUGGCAGCUUCAGAAAAUGAGGAUAAUGACAUCCUGUGGUGUAUCAAUCAUGAUUCUUUCCCUUUUCAAAAGCCAAUGAUGGAAACACAGAUGACCACCCGUGUUGAUGGACAUUCUUGGGCUCUUUCGGCUAUUGAUGAACUUAAAGUUCAGAAGAUUGUAACACCUCUAAAUAAAGACAUUAUUCCAAUAACUGAUUCACCAGUUGUUGUGCAGCAACACAUGCUGCCACCUAAGAAGUUUGUUCUGCUUUCAGCCCAGGUGAGUGUUACUUUUCUUAAUGUAGGAAAUCAGAAGAGUAAGUAUAAAGUUUGA